AUGAUCUUCAACGCCCUCCUUACCGGCCUCCUUGCUGCCACCGCUGCCGCCCUGCCCCAGCCUCACCGGGCCCGAUCCGGAGAACCCACUGCUAUCGAAACCCGCGACUCUGGCAAGGGUGGAAUUCAGAUCGUCAACAACCUGGACACAGACGUUUACCUGUGGACCACCUCAUCCGAUGAAGGCACCAUGAAGACCCUCAGCUCUGGAGAAAACUACAGUGAAGACUGGAUCACCAACGACAACGGAGGCGGUAUCUCCAUCAAGAUGUCGACCACCCAGGACAGGGAUAGCGUGCUCCAGUUCGAAUAUUACGAGGAUCACGACUUUUUCUACUGGGACAUGUCAUCCAUCGAUCUCGAUGAGACAUCCGAGUUCGUCAAGGCGGGAUUCAUUGCGGAGCCUAGCGACUCCAGCUGCCGAUCCGCUACCUGCGAAGCUGGCGACGUGGCCUGCGCGGAGUCUUAUCAGAACCCCGAUGACGUGAACACCUACUCUUGCUCUCUGGGCUCCAGCUUCACUCUGACUCUGGGUUAA